GGGGGCAGAGGAGCAGAAAAACGCGCUGAAAGCAGCCUGCAUAGUUUGGAGGGGUAUCGUGGAAAAAGAUGUAACGGAGCUCGCACGCGCUCUCCCCGGAAUGGAAAAGUGGAUUACUGUCCCCGCACACACACACUGUGGAUGUCUGAACGCGGCACCGGGACAUACUUAGUGGAUUCUAUAACGCCUUUUCUCAACAUGGGAACUAACUGUGCUCUUUCUCGCUGUAGUGUAAAGCUCUCUGUGGUUGUGUGUGGGAUGUCGUGUCAGGGCUGAAGCCCGUCCCUCUCCCAUGAGCCUGUGUGCCCACGCACACACCUGGCGCCUCCACGCACACACCCGGCGCCCACUCACACACAGCCGGCACUGACGCUGUAAACUGGACCCCCGGAGCCCAGCGGACCCCAGCCGAGCCGAGUCCAGCCCAGCCUGAGGAUGUCAACAGAAACGGAGCUACAGCCAGCGGUCAGACCGGGCAGCGUCAGACGGGACUCCAGGAGGAAAGGGCAGGAUCGCAGCGAAGCGACUCUCAUCAGGCGUUUUAAGGGCGAUGGCGUCCGCUACAAGGCCAAGCUCAUCGGCCUGGACGAGGUCACCGCCGCCCGGGGAGACAAACUCUGCCAGGACUCCAUGAUGAAGCUCAAGGGCAUUGCUGCAGCAGCGCGGUCUAAAGGAGAACACAAACAGAAGGUGUUUCUGACCAUUUCCUUUGGUGGGAUCAAGAUCUAUGAUGAAAAGAAUGGGGUCCUCCAGCAUCACCAUGCAGUCCAUGAGAUCUCGUACAUCGCCAAGGAUAUCACGGACCACCGAGCCUUCGGCUACGUCUGCGGGAAGGAAGGGAACCACCGCUUUGUGGCCAUCAAGACGGCACAGUCGGCGGAGCCUGUGAUCCUGGACCUGCGGGACCUGUUCCAGCUCAUCUAUGAGAUAAAGCAGAGGGAAGAGAUGGAGAAAAAAGCUCAGAAAGACAAGCAGUGUGAGCAGGCGGUCUACCAGACAAUACUGGAGGAGGAUCUGGAGGACCCGGUCUACCAGUACAUUGUGUUUGAGGCGGGACACGAGCCCAUCCGUGACCAAUCAGAAGAGAGCAUUUAUCAGGUUCCCACCUCUCAGCAGAAGGAGGGGGUCUAUGACGUCCCAAAGCGACACCCAAACGGACAUCAAAAAAAAAACCACCACCAUCCUCAUCAUCAACAACACCAUCAUUUUCAUCAUCAGCCCCUCCAGCCAGAGCACACUGAGCCUCAGCAGCAGCAGCAGCAACAGGCAGUGGCAGAUCUGAUAGACUUAGACCUACACGAGGUGACUCAGAAUCUCAACCAGUUAGAGAUUUUUGGAGACAUGUCGACGCCGCCUGACAUCACCUCUCCGUCGACCCCCGCCUCUCCAGCCAACACCCUGGACCCCUCGCUGGGCCUGCAGCCUCCGACAGAACUGUUCGCUCCCUUCAACCCUGCGUCUGUGCCCUCAGGUUAUGUGACGAUGGGGGCCGUCCCCCCUGGACACUGGUCCCAGCAGUUUGCCGCUCAGACGCCGCUGGCCUUUGGGGUCCAGUCUCCUCUUGGUCCAGUGGCCCAGGUCCUGCCAGGCGGUCAGCCUCUGAUCUGGGGCCAGGCCAACAUCUUCCCCGCCACCCAGCAACAGUGGGCGGCCAUGGCGGCGGGAGCCUUCCCCCCCACAGCCUACCUCCCCGCCCAACCUGUGGGCACACUGCCCGCCGCCAUGUUCCAGGCGCUGACCCCGGUCCCCACUGUGACUCCGGUUGGCGAGAGCCAUUUAGCUUCUGGAGCCAGCGCCUCAGCCCCCUCCCCCUCCGCGUCGUCGAGUCCGCAGCACGGGGAGAGAGCGAGGAAGAUGGGCAAGGAGAUGUUCAAGGACUUUCAGCUGGCGAAGCCUCCGGCCAUGCCGUUGAAAAAGGGCGAGCAGCCGAACUUAUCGGGAACCUCAGAUGCAUUCAGCACUUACUUCAGCCGUGUGGGCACCGCCCAGGACACGGACGACUGUGACGACUUCGACAUUUCUCAGAUGAACCUGACGCCGGUCACCUCCACGACGCCGUCCACCAACUCCCCUCCAACCCCGGCCCCCAGGCAGAGCUCUCCCUCCAAGUCCUCAGCCUCCCAUGUCAGUGACCCCCCCACGGACGCCACAGACCCCCCCACGGACGACUCGUUUGGGGAAGCAGAGGGCAGCCCGAGUCGCAGUGGAGAGGAAGACGCUGCAUGUGGUUCUGGGUCUCCCUGUCCCAGUGAGACAGCAGAGCCCAGCCCAGACCAGGCCAGUCCAGAGGCUGGGAGCUAGAUAUCAGCAGGGCAGGAAGGGGAAGGACCCGCUCUACGCCCAGAUCAACAAAGGGAAGAAAUGAAGAGACGCACAGAGACACACCUGACCAGCACUGAGACCAGGAGGAGAACCCUAACCUGUGUGUGUGUGUGUGUGUGUGUGUGUGUGUGUGUGUGUGUGUGUGUGUGUGUGUGUGUGCAUGGAUGUGUGUGACUGGUGAAGCCUUCCUCCUCCUCCCCCUCCUCCUCCUCUCUGCAGUGGUUCUCCUUUGCUUCAUCGAGGAGGGAAAUCAAUCACUGAUCCGGUUCUCCCUCUGCAGCGUCGUCUCCUCCUCUCCUCCCUCCCCCUGUGGCGACUCACCCCCAGCCUUACAGACUCCUACAUCUCUUCCCCAGCCUCCCUCCCUACCUCCUUCCUUCCUCCUCCUCUCUGUCUCUGCUCUCACGCUCCUCCCUCUGCCUCCUGCCUCUGGCCUGAGACUGUGCUGCCAAGGAGUGACUGAAUCAAGCAGUGCCUCCCUGUCUCCUACACACACUCUCACACUAACACACACACACACACACACACACACACACACACACACACACACACACACACACACAAACAGGAUUUGAAUGAUCAUUUUUGUAACGGACAGAAUCUGCAUCUGCAGCGAGGAGAUCCCUAAAGGAGGAGCUAGACUCUAAACAGGCCUAUCAGGGACGGCCCAUUGCUGGGAUCGCUGCGUCUGAUUGGUGGGUUGGUUGGUUCAGGCGUUUUCUCCUUGUUCUUUGUGAGUGUCUGCUGGAUCACUAUGCAGAAACAGACUCUCUGGGAGCUGCUCACACACCCAUAUACACAGUCAUGCCUCACCCUCUCUAACACACACACACACACACACACACACACACACACACACACACACACACACACACACGAACACACAGUAAUUUGCCAAACGUCUCUCCUCGCAGACAGACUCACACUGCGGCGGAGGACAGACCUGCGGAGGGAUGAGAUUCUGUGAUCGAACUGUUCAUUCUCUAUAGCUUUUGUACAAUAACGAUUAAAAAAAAAAAGAACAAAUUGAAAAAAUUGAAUUUUUAUUUUAUAAGUCAAUCAAGCCGCUGGGGUCAGCUCUAUAGGAGUUAUAGAGUCAACAUGGCUUUAAGGCAUCUGAUCGUCUGUUUGCCAAACUCAUUUUGUAAAUAAUGAAACAACAAAGACAUCCAUCCUGUCCAGCGGACGUCUGCGCCAUAAAAUAGGAAGCUUCAGUUAUGCAAACUCGACGUUAACCCAAGCAAUACACACAUUUGUUUUUCUUCUGCACCUUGUUUUGUUUUCUCUGAUGAUGUUUUGUUCUCUGCAUGGAUGUUGAAG